GGAUGAUUGUGUGUGUGAGACAGUUGUAACUUGAAGAAAAAGGAAAUCGAUUACAUCCAGUUCAUAGUUCAAUCUUCAAGUAAAUGGGAAGAAUCCUGCAGAAUUCUGCACUGCCUUUAGGUGGCUGCAGGUGACGUCAGCGGGGUAUUAACACUCCGCAGGAACGAGAGAAAACAUAGAAGAGAGAGAAUUUAUAAGAAAGGAUUUUUAGAAUCUUCAGACAUGCAUUUCCCUGUGCGACACAUUCUUCGUCUGAGUGGACAGAGGGGCAGCGGCGGCCGGAAGUUGUGUAGCGUUGCUGCUGCUGCACAACAACAACAACACAAGCUACAUCUACAACAACGUGUCUCGACAGCAAUACCAUCGCAAAUCACGCACAUCUGCAGAAACUAUGCGACCGACAACUUAUACAGCCGAACCUUCGCCUCAGCCAAGGACCAUCCGGAACAGUUCUGGUCUGACGUGGCCCGGGACAUACACUGGUUCCAGCCCUGGACGCAAACAUUGCGUCUCGAGGAUCCGGUUUUCCCAAACUGGUUUGUCGGUGGACAGUUGAACAUGUGCUACAAUGCUGUGGACCGUCACGUAGAGAGCGGCCGUGGAGACCAGCCCGCCAUCAUCUACGACAGUCCAGUGACGGGAACCAAACAGAUCAUCACCUACAGGGAACUUCAGGAGCAGGUGUCCAAGUUGGCAGGAGUCCUGGUGAAGAAUGGGGUACAGAAAGGAGAUGUGGUGGUCAUCUACAUGCCCAUGGUUCCCCAGGCCAUGUUCACCAUGUUGGCCUGUGCACGGAUCGGCGCUCCGCACAGCCUUAUCUUUGGAGGCUUCGCUUCCAAGGAGCUCUCCGUCCGAAUCGACCACGCUAAGCCAAAACUGAUGGUAACUUCCUCCUUUGGCAUUGAGCCUGGCAGAAGGGUGCAGUACAUCCCUCUGGUGGAGAAAGCUCUGGAGCUCAGCUCUCACAAGCCCUCCAAGGUUCUCGUCUACAACAGGCCAAACAUGGAAAAAGUGUCUCUAAAGUCAGAGCUGAGUCUCGACUGGGAUGAAGAAAUGGCCACAGCUCGACCACAUGACUGCGUUCCUCUGUCCUCCAACCAUCCACUCUACGUCCUCUACACCUCUGGUACCACUGGAACACCAAAGGGUAUAGCGCGAGGCACUGCCGGCCAUGCUGUGAUGCUUAAGUGGACCAUGUCAAAUAUUUAUGGACUCAGUCCCGGAGAAGUUUGGUGGGCAGCAUCAGACCUGGGCUGGGUGGUUGGACAUUCGUAUAUCUGUUACGCUCCUCUUCUGCAUGGUAACACCACCAUUCUCUAUGAGGGGAAGCCUGUUGGGACUCCAGACCCCGGAUCGUUCUUCCGUGUGCUGUCGGAUCACGGAGCCUCCUCCAUGUUCACGGCGCCCACUGCUCUCAGGGCCAUUAGACAGCAAGACCCACAAGCUGAAAUUGGCAAGAAAUAUCCGCUUACCAGGUUGCGGUCAAUGUUUUUGGCUGGAGAGCGAUGCGACGUAGAGACAUUAGAAUGGGCAAAGAAAAGCUUUGGAGUUCCAGUCCUGGAUCACUGGUGGCAGACAGAAACUGGUUCACCUAUCACUUCGACUUGUAUCGGUUUGGGAAACUCACUCACGCCCCCUGCAGGCCAAGCUGGACGACCCGUUCCUGGUUACAAUGUCACCGUGAUCGAUGAUGUCAAGCAAAGCGUUCAGCCGAGGACUCUGGGAAACAUUGUGGUCAAGCUGCCGUUACCACCAGGUGCCGCUCUGUCGCUGUGGCAGAACGAAGAUCUGUUCAGAAAAACCUACUUCAGUAAAUUCCCGGGUUACUACGACACCAUGGACGCAGGUUUCAUGGACCUGGACGGUUUCCUGUACAUCAUGUCCAGGUCUGAUGAUGUCAUCAACGUGGCAGGUCACAGGUUGUCGGCUGGAGCUCUGGAGGAGUGUGUGUUGCAGCACCCUGCGGUGGGAGACUGUGCUGUGGUCGGUCUAGAAGAUUCUCUCAAGGGUCAUGUUCCUUUGGCUUUGUGUGUCCUGAAAAACGGUGUGUCUAAAAACCAGCAGGACGUGAUCAAGGAGACGGUGAAUCUGGUGAGAGAAAACAUUGGACCAGUCGCUGCCUUCAGGAAUAUGCUGUUUGUCCGAGCGUUGCCCAAGACACGCUCCGGGAAAAUCCCUCGCUCCUCUUUAGCCAACCUGGUGAACAGGAAACCCUACAAGAUCACCCCGACCAUUGAGGACCCUGACGUGUUUGAAGACAUUGAGAAGGAGGUCCAGAAUGUCCUGAGACCUCCUGGGCUCUGACUUGGAACCAGAUGAGAACCAUGGUGGUCAGAAGACAAGGAGAACGUCAUAACCUCAACAACUGUAGAAGAGUUCCAGCAACAGCUGCCAAUACGUAGAGCUCAGAGACUUUAAUAAAAAAUAUUACAAAGCACACUUAUUACUUUUUAGGUAUUUGAAAGUCAACGCAAUGGUGUGUAUUUUAGGUAUGAAAAUUAGGGAUGUUAUAAAAUGUCAAAAAUUUUAUAUGUAAUUGUUGGUCAAAAACUACAAACUGUUGAUGAAAGUUUUGGUAAAAUUAUUUUUAAAAAUGUUAUCUUUUGCUUACAUGUUUCUCAUAAAAUAAGGUCUUUUAGAGAACAUUUUUAUCUUUUUUUUAAAAUAAAACUUUCUGUCAAAAUGUGAAC